UCGAUGAAAAAUGGCGAACGAAGUCGUAAAUGCACCGAAUAAAACAUGGGAAUUAAGUUUGUACGAGCUUCACAGAACUCCUCAAGAAGCAAUAACAGACAAUACAGAAAUAGCAGUGUCACCUAGAAGCUUACACAGUGAAUUGAUGUGUCCAAUAUGUCUUGACAUGCUAAAAAAUACUAUGACGACAAAGGAGUGCUUGCACCGCUUUUGUCAGGACUGCAUAAUAACUGCACUUCGAAGCGGUAACAAAGAAUGUCCUACGUGCAGGAAGAAACUCGUGUCAAAGAGAUCCCUUCGGCCAGAUCCCAAUUUUGAUGCGUUGAUUUCUAAGAUAUAUCCCAGUCGAGACGAAUAUGAAGCUCAUCAGGCUAGAGUUCUUGCAAAACUAAAUAAACAACACAGCACAUCUGCACUAACCAGCAGCAUUGAAGAAGGAUUAAGAGUACAAGCCUUGAGCAGACCACAGAGGGUCCGCAAACAUGCCACAGAACCAGACUUAUCCCGCCUGGAAACAGCAAGUAAUGCUUCCAGUGAAAAUACUCCCCUAAAGAGACCAAAGACUUUGUCUGAUGACUCUAGUGCUGAGAACUCGCUAGCAGAGGCGGUCACUGACUCUGCCCCACCCCCAGAGCUUCCCCAGCCAGUGGGAGACAUUGAAUUAAUAUUCAGACCUCUCCCAGCAGACCACGAGCCUCCAGAUGACUCCCAGAUUCGAUAUAUUAAAACAACAGCUAAUGCAACAGUGGACCAUUUAUCAAAGUACCUUGCAAUAAGAUUGUCAUUAGAAUCCAAAAAAGUUGAUGCAGGUACAAGUUCAUCUGGAGGGGAAAAUAAAUACACAAUUUACAUUGCAAGUAACCCUGGAAACUACACAGCUCUCAAUGGUGCUAUGACUCUGGAACAGGUCAAUGAAAAAUACUGGCGUAUCAACAAACCUUUGGAAAUGUUUUAUGCAGUUCAGAAAAAAGCAGAGUCACCAAAGAAAUCAGAAAAAUUGGAAAAAUAACUUCUUUUUUUUAUAUCACCUCGUUGUUCAUAUCUUUCUGUUUUAUUGUUCAGUAAUAUUGUCUUGUACAUAUAGAUGUACACAUGUAUUUUGGGGACAGUAAAUGGUUUUAUACAGAAAACAAGGCUGCAUGCAUUGGAACAAAUACUGGUAGUUUAAUUAGAGGCUUAUUAUAGAUUAGUGUCACUGUGACAGGGUUUAUAGCCUGAAUCUUCUUUUAUAUUGUUUUACAUAAUGUAAAUUGUACAUGCUCUAACGCCUCUUACUACUAAAGGAAUGUUUCUUACUUUAUAAAGCUUACUAUAAAAAAUGGUUGUCAUUUUGUGAAGAUGAUGACAUUUAUACUGUUUAAAUUUGUGUAAGUGCUAAUUCAGACUGGUGAUUCCGCUGUCAUUGCUAAAGAUACAUGGAUUUCAAAUCAGUGUUCUUUGAAUAGUUUUGAAGAUGGGGAAUUGACAAUAUCCUUAUCACGAAGAGGAUUUACACAAAAUAGUUUGAAGAAAUCCAUACAUUUUGAUGUGUACAUGAAUUUCAAAUUUCAAACUUAUAUUAUUACCAUGUAAUCGAUUUAUUUGUUUAAAUUUGAGUCAGUUUAGAAUCAUUAUGCUGAUGGAAUUUAAGUUUAGAUGCAUGACACAUAGGGAGACUGGGAUUUGCGCAACCACUGCCAUUGUCAUGUUUAAAAUGAAACACUGAGCCAUUUAAAGUAAAUGCAUGUAGUUGUACUAUUUAAUAUUUUUUAGGAUUGAGCAUUUUUAUGAAUAUACAUGUACUAGUACAUGUUUUUCUACAAAAAUGGUUUUUUGUUUGUUUGUUUUAUGAUUUAUAUAUCGUUAUUUCAAUAUUUGUUAUUUUUUUCUUUUAACAAGAAUGAAUACUUGAGCAUGUACGGUAUUACAGUAUAGAUUUUAUGGCAUUUUCCAACAGAUCUUCAGAAUUCCUAGUAUUUUAAACACGGAACAGUGAAUGACUCUAUGCAUGAUUGAUUUGAUCAGUCAAUUAUCAAUUUCAUUCAACUUAUCCAGUCUGAUCAUUGUAUCUGACAUCUUUGUGGUUCAUAAUGAAAGUGUGUGUGGUUUCAUUACAGAUGUAUGAUUGUGUAUAAAAACAUUGCCUUUGACUUGUACAGAUGUAUUGUUCAUGUAUAUAAAUAAAACAGCAACAAUCUUA